CAAGUGUAAUAUAAAGCCCGGCUUGCAGAUAACGAACUGAAAAAUUGUGCAUACUGUAGGUCAUAUGAUUUUGCCCGAUAUGGGUGGAACCACUGUAAGAUCUGCACUGUCAGCAGUUUUGGGACUCCUGCUGAUCGCGGGGUGUGAUUGCAACCAGAGGUACAAGUACGAGAUCAAGGAAUUCCAAGUGCCGCUGGACCACUUCAGUUUCCUGAUCAAUGCCACCUUCAACAUCCGGUAUCUGUACAACGACUCUUUCGUGGACAAGAGCAAUGCCCGCACCCCGAUCUUCUUUUACACAGGCAACGAGGGGGAUAUCGAACUUUUCGCCCAGAAUACCGGAUUCCUGUGGGAACUGGCGGAAAGACAGCGGGCUCUGGUGAUCUUUGCGGAGCAUCGAUACUACGGGAAGUCACUUCCCUUCGGGAGCUCCACAUUCAACACAAGCUUGCCGGAUCACUUGGCCUAUUUUACAGUGGAACAGACCCUCGAGGAUUACGCAAUGCUGAUCACGUUUCUGACUAACGAUCGUCAGAUGCCCGUAGUGGCCUUCGGAGGUUCCUAUGGCGGAAUGCUGGCCGCCUGGUUCCGGAUAAAGUAUCCGCACUUGGUCACCGGAGCCCUUGCUGCCUCGGCGCCCAUACUGCAGUUCUCCGGGAUAACCGAUUGCGACAUCUUCUACAGGAUUGUAACAUCAGUAUUCCAGAAUGCCUACAACAAAAACUGCACCGCGAACAUUGCGAAGUCGUGGAAACUCUUUGAGACUCUGGGAGCAAGCGAAGCCGGCAAGAAGCAGAUAUCGGAUGCAUUCCACCUAUGCAAUGCUCUGAAGACCGACGAGGACCUGAAGAAGUUCCUGGACUACGUAGAAGAGGUGUACAGCAAUCUCGCCAUGGUCAACUACCCGUACAACAGCAGUUUCCUAGCCCCAUUACCUGCCUAUCCCGUGAGGCAGGUGUGUUACUACCUGAGAGAAUUGCAAACCACCGACUUUGAUUUGCUGCACGCCAUGUCCAGUGCCUUGGCAGUUUACACCAACUACACACAGUCUGCCAAGUGCCUGGAUAUAUCCGUCAACUCCAACGCCGAUGAUUCCGGUUGGAAUAUUCAGAGCUGCAACCAGAUGGUGAUGCCCAUCUGCUCCAAUAGCUCCGAAACCAUGUUCCGCACAUCUAGUUGGAACUUCAAGGAUUACGCGGAAAAAUGCUACAAGAACUACCGUCUCACCCCCAAGCCAUACGACAUCAUUUUGCGCUACGGUGGCAGAAACCUGGAGGCUACGACCAAUAUAAUAUUCAGCAACGGUCUUUUGGACCCCUGGAGCGGUGGCGGUGUGCUUCAGUCUCCCAACGACAAGGUCUUUGUCCUCAUCCUGCCCGAGGGAGCUCAUCACUUGGACCUGCGCCACAGCGAUCCGGCUGAUCCACCAUCUGUGCGCGAUGCCCGCGAUAAAGAAGCAGCCAUCAUAGCACGAUGGAUCCAAGAUUUCUGAAAGGAGAUUAUUUUACUUUUAUCCAUAUUCAAUCACUCCACUAUGGGAUUCAUAUUAUAUAACAGCCGCUUAAGGCCAGUACCCAAAUAUUAAAGAUUGCGAUUACAUAAUUUUAAACCAACGAACAAAUUAUUAAAAAUUAUCAGUUUAAAAUUACAAAAAUAAGGCAUAAUAAAUUUUGUGAAUAGAAA